AUGGGGCCUCUAAAGGAGGCAAUUAGUCAAAAUGAGGCUGUUAGGAUCACUUAUACCUUUGUAAUACCUGAGUCUGGAGAGGGAGUUUACCUGUGUCAGGGUUGCUGCAUUGUGACCUAUGCUUUGGGAGUCUACCACUGCAAUGUCUUCACAGCUUUUCUUUCUCCAAAAGUGUGUCUUUCCUUACUGGAAGACUCAGAGGAUGAUCUUUCAUUGCCAACCACACACAGAAGGACUUUGCCCCUCAUUCAAAGGUGUCUAGAGUUCAGAUUUUGGCAUCCUUGGAGCUAUGAUCCCUCCUUUGGGGCUUUCAACAUCUCAGUGUUGUGGCUGAUUCUGGUGAGGAAAAAAACACACAUGAUUAAAUACCAGUACACACCAUUCACACAAGGGAAGAGGAAAUACACAGGGAGGGAGGACACGGGCAAGACAUUUGCUAGUUGGAAGUUGGACUGA